UUUUUCAUUUAAUCAGUCACUCUGCUAGUUGAAAGUAUAUCGUCUCCCAUUGGCAUCUAUUUCUAUCAAAAGAUUUGUGUUUGUGCUGGCAGUCUUUUGUAAAUCAUUGUUGCUUACAAUAAUUAAAAUAAUACAAAAUCCAAAAAUUACAAAAUUGUAUAUAUCGAACGUGUUUGAUUGAAUGCAAAAAUUUAUGCUAUAAUCGGGGUAUAUCCAGUGUCCAGUGAAAUCGACAUGAACACUAAGUUUUAAAAACCAAAUAUCAAUCUUAAGACAACACGAAACAAAUGACGGGAAGUUUUAGAGUACAGCUCGUUAAUAUGGGCACAAGGGGAGCUGCAUUUCAAGCGAAAUUGCGAUGCUUGCAUGAGUAUCACGUACGACUUCUCAGUAACCAAAUUCCUGCACCAUCGGGAUCGGAUAUUGGAAACACAAUAAAAUAUUUCUCACAAACUUUGCUCACUGUUUUAAAAGAUGUACCAUGUUCACCGCUGGAAAUGAUCAAAGAUCCUACUCUAGAUCAAGCGCGGAUGUCCAGCUAUCCGAAUCUUGAAUAUCAAAACUUAUACAAUGCUCUUACUAUGCUUCUGGAUGUCGCUUCCAAUAUUCAAAACGGACUGAGUUUAUUUGGCAAAGCGUUUUUACAAAGCCUUGGCUGUAUUUUACCUUUUCUGGAUAAAGAUCUUAUUGAUAAUCUACCGUAUCUCACAGCCUCCAGUAUAUCCGUAUUACCUCCCUCCCUCCAUCAGGAUAUAAUAAACUAUCUAUGCUAUUACAUAUUACCAUUUACAAUAACACGUCAAAGCGAUGAUGACCAAGAGUGCCACGCUUGUCAAUCCGUGUGUGCCGUCAUCAUGCUUGUGUUCCAAUACACCAAUAACCCUGCGCAUCAUUGUCAAUUGCUUGAGUCCUUAAUGAGGCUGAAACCCAACGUUGUGAAAGACUUGCUUUGCGUGAUAGCCUACGGAACAUCGGCUAGUCGAGCAUCAGCUGCUAAAUUGUUAUUUUACUAUUGGCCUGCCUUUGACCCGAACUUGUUUGAUCGAAAAGGACUUUUGUGCAAGUUUACAAAUAAUUUGAUUCCAUUCGUUUGUCAACGUGAAUCAUGUCCAAAUGCUGGUAAUGCAGAAGCCGUAAAAGUGUGCUACAACCAUUGUAUAAGCAUACUAUACGCCGUUGACUCUCCGCCUCCACUGUAUCUAUGUAUUGAAUGUGCUAAUGAGAUACAUCGAGAUCAUCCAGACCUUUCAUUCGGAGAUAUUUUGCAUCCUAUGCAACAAGUAUCUAUGAUAUGUGAAAACAAGAACUGCCGAUCUUCUGAUAAGUCAGCAAUUUCAAUAUGCUUCUCUAGUGAAUGCGCUAGUUACAAUGGUAAUCACCCGAUAAGAUAUUGUGCACAAUGCCAUGGAAACCGCCACAAUAACAGACGUGGCAUAGAUCACAUUGUCCACCGUAGUCUACCACCUAUGAUGAUGAUGGAUGCUGAAAUGCAAACAUACAUGAUCGAGGCGGUUAUCAGCCUACUUAGGGAAGCUAAACCAUUGUAUUUAGAUUUUGGGCGAGAUUCGUCAAGUAAUUCUAAAGUUAAUGGUGCUAACGGUAAUCAAGACAUGCUUACACUUGAAGAUCGCCAGUUACUUGGCCGUUAUGGAAUAUGGUUACUGGUUGGAAGAUGUAAACCUACAGCGGAUACUCCAGUUGAGAUCCUUGGUCGUAUGUUAUCCAUGUUAUUUCAUUGGUUUCAUGUAACAGCAUAUUCAUACGACGGUCAAACAGAAAGCACGUUGGAAAAACUGAAACUCGAUCACGUUUGUGGAUGGCUGAAGGAUGUUUGCAAUAGCCAUUAUAAAGAAUUCAUUGACUGUCUAUUGCCUCAUCCACCAGAGUAUGCAAGGGUUGGCGGACAUUGGGAUUCUUUGGCAUCUCGAACAUCACAUUUAAAAGAAGGGUUACAACGAUUAAUUUGCCUCAUACCAUAUGAGAUCAUUACACAACAGAUUUGGGACACAGUUAUGCCCCACUGGAUGGAAGCAGUUACUAAUGACGUGCCCGAGAAAGAGCUGCCUGAAUUGAAAAUAGUACUCAGCAAGAUACUAGAUUCAGAAAUGUCCCCCUUAGGAUUUGAUGCAGAGGCCAUGUACAGCUUUGUAUCGAUUCGCUUCGAAAAGACAACUGCCAAAGUUCAGCAGCAAGCUUUGCACUGGUUACAAAAUUUGACUAAAUUGGAAAUUUUGGUCCCAUUACCGCAACUGUUUUCAAUGUUUGGUGACGGAGUUAGAAUUAUGAAGCAUGGAAUGCAAGUCGAGUUACACAAAGAUAGAGAUGGGAAAAGCAGUAGUAGCAGCACCAAAAUAUCCAAAGAGAGGGAUGCAGCAAUGCCACAUAGAAGUUCAAUUUCGCCGGUAGUAGAAGAUGAUUCAGGGAAUACAUCAGCUAUUUCGGAUGACGAAGCGCCUAUAUCCCGACACACGGAAUUUUCAAGCGAUGCUGAGCAUAAUUUAACAUGUUGCAUUCUUAUGUUGGAUAUACUACUAAAACAGAUGGAGUUACAAGAUAUAGAGCAGCAUAGUGGAAUUCACACAACAGUGUCGGAAAGCGUAUGUCGUCUUCUAAAAUGUAUGGUUACAGCUGCAAAAGUUGGUUUAGGUAAUCACAUUUGCUCAUCGAAGGAAUGCGGAUACUGCGAAGCAUCAGUGAUGUGGCAUCAAUUAUCAACAAAGCUUGUCCAAUACCUUGCACCACUAGAGGCAGUUCGCCAACCUGACCUUUCGUUGCUGGAAUUGAUUGAAGACGAAAAACCAUCUCGAAAAAGCCCACCAGAGCCGGAAAAAGAGAACAAAAACCGUGAAAAGGACGUUUCACUUUCUAUGGCUCCUUUACCCAUACCCCUUGGACCUUUAGUUGUACCUUCUAUUCUAGAUGAACUUGGAAAAAUUAUGAUAAUGGCAGGACCAGUCCCGGUAGCAGUUUCUCAACCAGAACCUCACUCGGUUGGUGGCGUAUUAGUGCAUAUGCCGCAUGUUUGUUCUAUAAUGACAGCUACUGUGGAGACUGUGAGCGAGCAACUAGAUUUGGCGACCAUCAUUCCAUCCGAAAGGAUCGUAACCGCAGUAGCAAGAUCGGUUACACUAUCAGAUGCAGACGUUGCAACUGCAACAGUACAAAUAGCGAGGCCUACUAUUGUAAGUGAAACAUGUGAAGGUUCCGAUGAAUCUGCAUAUCCCGAUGCGCAUAGCGACGACGACGGAAACAACUUCUGGCACACAUCAGUAGGAAAAUUCAAGUUUUCUAUUGAAAAUCUGCCGCAGUCAUUGCAAUACAUACAUCAGUUGUUGAAGGAAAUUCCCACGAUAGAGAAACCAGAUAUUUUAUAUUACACUCUGCAAUGCUUGAAGAUAAUGGUUUUGCAUGGAGAUGCUUUUUCUAAAGCAGCCCGGGAUGAUCGAGGAUUUUUUAUCUGGUGCCAAGAGAAUCUGUUAAUCAAAAAUUUAUGGGAGGUCUGCAACGCUGAGCAUUCCCAUAUAUGUGAAGUUGCGGUUCCAAUUUUACUACAUAGUAUAACAUUACCGCUAGGAUCAGAUGUGUUUUGGAAUGUGGUACAGGAAGCCUUUCGUGAUAGUGAUUGGCGAGUUAGAUUUCAAGCAGUUGAACGCGUGACAGUUAUAACCAGGUUCAUGGAUUCAACACCACUUCGUUCGGAGAUAAGCUUACAGGCCUCCCUUGCAACAGCAUUCUGCCAUCUUAUUGCCGCGUGUGAUGACAUGAAUGUUCACGUAGCGCAACGUGCAACGUUGUAUCUUGGAACUAUUCACGACAAAGCUAUUCAAGCACUGAUAUUUUGCUUGGAAUCCCAAUUUGAUAUGUUUAUCGUAGAUAGACCAGUUGUGCUGCAGUCAGUGUAUCAACUCCAUAAUAUGCUCUCUGAUCGAAAAGUGUUAACGUGGAACUUUUUUCUCAACCGCUUUGAUACACUUUUUGUAGAAGCCCAAAUAAACCUCGAGAAGAACGGUGAUAUUUCCCACCUACGUGAUUUACGCAACUCUGAAAAUGGCAGUGAAACAUUAUCAACCAAAAUUAAUAAGGCUAGAGAAGCCCUUAGUCAAUCGGAUACGUCAGGCAGCAUGUCUAAAACCUUAAGCGCGUCUUUUGGAACGAAGUGGCCAUACAAACGCACAAUGUCUGCUCCUGCGACCAUAAUUCCUAGACAAGAAUCAAAACUAGAUAAAGAAAAAGUGUACAACCGACAAGUAUCAGCCCCCAUAUUGAAAAGGAAGAGUUCCCGUUUCGGCUUAGAUGGACACAUACAUUCAAUCGGAGGACCGGGAGAUGAUUUUAAUCUAUCUGGAUGUUUAUACCGAAUUAUAGAUUUAGAAGAAUCCGACAAAGAAACAAUCCAUUUAUUGGUAUUUUUGCUCAUGCAAUUUAUGUCUCGGGCUGAUUUGGCAUACCCAACGGAUGAAAAACCAACGGUAAAACAACAGACCAUUGUCCUGAGACACCUAUACCUUCUUCUGGGGUAUAACCAAUCCGAAAAAAUAUUUCACAUUCCUCCUACUAGACUACGCUCAUCCGCUGUGUUUUACUCCUUUAUGGCGAAUUUACCUCAAGUCCUAGAUCAAAAUCAUCUAAUGGGUUGGCUUUUGCUACCUACUGUUUUACAAGUUCUGUUAUAUGCUCCCAAUCAAGGCAAUGGCCUAUUACAAUCAGGGACUGAGCCGAUCCCCAAUGUUGCAUUCAAUUUUUCUCUUUGGUACCUGGAAAACCAUGUUCGCCGUAACUGGAUGGUAUCGUUAUUGGUUAUACUGUACAAAUAUCAGUAUAACCAACCACCCUAUGCGGAUCAAAUCCAAAAUUUGGUUCGAAUAAUAAUUAAUUCAUUAGACUCACAUUUUCAUCAAUGUCGAAGAAUCCCAGCUACUGUAAUAAUGGAUAUGCCAACUACAAGAUCAAGAGAUAUGAGUCAGCCUUCAUUAGGGACCGAACAGGAUGAUAAGUUACAGGAGACCCCUCCUCCGAGCCCACUAUUCCCUUCCGAAGGCCCAUCUCACGCACAUGGGCAUUUAUCUAAGCACAAAACGACGAAAAUAAAUCCUUUGGGAUAUAGAAAAUAUCCCGAUUCAAGUUUGGAAGCUGACGAUACAGAAUCAGAAUUGGUUGCUAUCCCAGAGAGCGAUCUUUCUGAUAGUACUUUGCAAGGUAGCAGCGCACCGGGGUCAUUCGACGAUACUGUUCAUUUCGACGAUAUUUGUGCUCCAACAAACAAAUUAACGGCACAUGUCACAACAGCAAAUUUAGCAACCGCCCAAGUCGCAAUAUCCACAAUUACUACGAGUGACAAGGAUGACAAGGCAGAACUGUCAAAAAAACUACAUAAAUUUAUAUCUUCCACUAGUGGUAACGAUAAAAUUUUAGCGGACCCUGGUACGAGCGGCACAAGUAUGCAUAAAUUCCCUUCGACUACGUCGGCAGCAAAAUGUUCAGUACAAGAAGGUGUCAGAAUGAUGGUAACUUCAUCAAUGCUAGGCCAACCAAAAGCGCAAGCAAUAUUGAAUCCUCCAGCAAACGUCCAAAAAGCCGUAAUAGUCACUCAGAACUCCACUGUAGUUAUUACUAAAGCAAAGGAUACUACAAGUACCAAAACGUGUUUGAUGCAAUCCCAAAGCAAAGAUGUUGGAGAAACAUGUAAGCAGAACAAACCCAAACCAUUAACCACCAGUAAUGAACCGUCAUCGAACUGGUCCGAGCAAAGGACUUUGUCUCCUGCUCAAAAAACACUAGGACGACAAAAACGUGUUAUUGAGCCCAGUCUAACACCAGCUAGUACGCCAACUUCCUACAAUGGAACUCCUCAAAACACGGAAGAAGGUCUAAAGGUGUUUUAUAAAAGCCAGGAUAAACAAAUUGAAGGGAAAAACAAUUAUGCAUCACCAGAAACACCUCUCUCAAAAAUGGAUUUAAUGAUACCACCAACGACAGAAACAAAUGAAGAUCUAUUAAGCCCCAAAAGUAUAUCACAGCUGGAAAUACCCACACCAGAACGAUUAUUACCCAUAGGAUAUCUUGGAAAAGAGAGUAUUUCAGCACUAGUUGAUAAAGUACGAGAAGCAUUGUCUAUCCCUGAUAUCAGUCAUUUGAAACAUAAUAGUUUUGAUAAACCUGAACAGAGUGUUGGUAGCAAUAAAGAGGAAAUUACAAUGAAUAGCCGAGUAACUUCGCCUAGAAAAUUAAUAAAACAAGUAGCCCUAGAGUCGCCACCACAAACAGACGAAAUACAUAGCACAGUUAAAAGAAGUUUAUCUGCUGAUAUGAAACCAGAAAACGUUUGCCAAAAUGGCACAACCAGGACAUCUAGACAACGGUUUCGGAAAGUAGGUCCAUUUGCUAUCGGUUCAAUUAGCUCAACCGAUGGUAAGUUUCGAUAUGCCGGAUCAUGGGCACCCAGCUACAAGGACGAAUCGGACGGAGAAGAUACUCAAUACGGAAGUAACGCUAGUUCCAAUAAACCGAGUGCAUCAAGAGUGGGCGAUGAGUGCGUAUGCGAAAGAUGUGCUGAAUGCGGUGCCAUUAAGGAGGAAUACACAGAUGAAGAGAUGGGAAUUAUGUUGAUAAUUGUGGGUACAUUCAUACAUCGAGAGCCCGCCUUGGCUGCGCCGUUCUUGCCUGAAAUAUUAGCAACUGUCUCUAGAGUUGCCCUACAUUCAACGUUUCCAUGGCAAUGCGAAAGUACCACUCAUUUACCAGGCGGAUCACAAUCAGUAGCCCACCAAUUUAUCCGGUGCGUCUUGCACCAGCUGGCACCAAACGGUGUAUUUUAUCAAAUAUUUCUCACACAAGCAAAUGAAACUGUUCGUAAAAAGUUCUACAAAAGUGUUACUACAAGUUUAACGGAUUUUACUGAACUAAAUCCUACAAGUCCAAUUCAGCUGUUGGUGGAAACAUUAAAUUCCAAGAAAACUCUUCCAGUAGAUUUGCUUCCAGUAAUUUUGCGCAAUUUAUCUGAGUAUCUUCAGUGUGUGUCUAUUGAUAGUAUCAGUGGUAAUAUAUGGUCUACGGUUGUACAAGGAAUUGAUAAUCUUUUUCGCCGAAUUGUGUUAAUUCUUCCGAGCUUGGAUGAAGCAGAUAACUUACUACAUAUAAUAUCAUCUAUUUUAAAAGUACCCCAAUUAUCAAAGAAUGUGCUAGAGCCGUUUUCAAAAAUUUUGAGUUAUGGAAUUCAGAAUCUCACAUUGACUCACAAAGUAUUGGUAGACUUAUGUCAUUUGAAUAGUCGAGCAUUUUCCAAAGAGCGUGAUAAGCUACAGCUGUGCAGACAGAUGGUGUUUGAACUGGUGCAAGCUCUCAAGUUCAAGACCAAUAUCCCCGAUAAUAAUUUAUUACUCCUGGUUGGCAUUUUACUACAAGAUGUUGGAGGAGCCAUGCCACCUGGUAUUAUUGAAGAUUUACCCGAAACAGCUCCACCAUUUUCUUGCAGUGUAGCAGAUUGCAUGCGACAAACAUAUUUGAAUGAUAUUUUGGAAUUUCUAGCUGAUUUUCAUACUCUUAGUAAAGUAAAGUUUCUCUUCACUUUACCACAGAAUUUUAAAAAUGGUGGUAUUACAUCGGGAUUGAGCGAGGACACGCUGGGUGGAGUACUAAAGGGUGCAGUUGCGCAAUAUUUGGCAUUGGAAAUGUCUCGUGGAAAUUCUAGAGACAACCGCGCAGUUUCACGAUACCUUCCGUGGUUGAACAACGCGCCAUCUUCUUUGCAACAAGGCCCGAAGGAAUUUACUGAUUGUGUUGGCCAUAUGCGAUUAUUGUCAUGGUUACUGAUGGGUUCUUUAACGCACAGCGCUUUGAUGGGUAAACGUGGUGGUCCAAUCGGACAGCACGGAGCAGCAGUUCACUACCAUCUUCAACACCCAGUAAACACUGUUUCACAACCCGUGCCACAGGAAUCAAGCUGCCAUAUUGCCGACCACAUUCAAGUCAUAUUUGCUGGAUUCGCCGAGCAAUCGAAGACUUCUGUUCUACAUAUGACAUCACUUUUUCAUGCUUUCACACUAUGUCAAUUGUGGACAGUGUAUUUAGAACAAACUGCGUGUGCUGCAGCACCAUCGACUGAAUCGCACAAUAUUACAAUGGGUAUAUUAUUUGAAUUUUGGGCAAAAGUCACGCCCUGCAUACUGCAGUUGGUUUCACAUUCAAAGCUCUCCGAAAAUGUGAACCUGCAUUUCCUUAGUUUGCUGGAGGCCCUGAAGGAGACUCGUUCUACGAUAUUAGCUAAACUGCUACCACUGUGGACGCCAGUACUCUCUUCUAACACUCAGCUGUCUGGUACGCUACAUGUGCGCCUGCAAAACUGUCGUGAUGCUGUACCAAAUGCAACCGACCAGGAUUUGCUUACAUCUGAGACGCUACUUAAAUGGCUUCAACGAUUGCAGUUUAAAAUGGGUCAAAUUGAACUGCAAUCCUCUACCGCAACACAGUUCUACUCCAUAUAAUCUGCACACUUUAGUUAAAUAAUAACAAGUUAAGUGGUGAACAUUAGUUAAAUAACUAUUCGAAAUUGUAUUUGAAUGAUCAAACCAAUAAACAUAUGCUACCUAUUCA